UCAUCUCUCUCUCAUUGCAGCGCCUCUCUCUCUGUCUUCAGCGUCCCUCUCCCUCUCCCUCUCCUUCUCCUUCUCCUUUUCCCUCUCCCUUUCCGCUGCUUCAUCUCUCACCACCACUCCUCAUCGCGUUUUCCGGCAACCAGAGCAUCGAUUCACCUCCUUGUUGGUCAUCGUCGCCUGAAAUCAAUCCAUCACCCACGUAAGCUCGAUCGGCGGCUCCUCCCUCACAUAUUGCAGAGACAUAAUAGAUAGAUAGGAUUUGGAUGAGGCGCGCCAAAAAUCUCUACAACUACCAACCAUCGCCCAUGUCGUUCUCUCUCUCCUCCACCAUCAUCCCUCACACUAGGGUUUCCAUAAAUGUCUCCCUUACUCCAAUUCAACCUUUUUUCUCAACCCUUCUUCCCUCAAUUCGAUCCAAGGGAACUCGCAGAGAACACACAGUAACUCCAAUUCACCCCACACUUGGCCGCAUUCUCGUCAAAAACCCUUCAAUGGAUUCUCUGGAGGACAUCUCAUACUUGCUAAGGAUUCCACAAAGAAAGCCCUAUGGGACAAUGGAGGGUAAUGUGAAGAAAGCUCUAAAGGUAUCACUCAUUUUCUUCUCAUGUAUAAUGCAGGGUCAGUCACACAACCGCAACGAGCUGUUUGUCAUCCAUGGCCAUGAAGAGCACAAGCCUUUGAAGGAUUUGACAGGUAAAUUCUGUGAGAUAUGCGGCGAUGGAAUUGGGCUGACGGUGGACGGAGACUUGUUUGUGGCUUGUAAUGAAUGUGGUUUUCCAGUGUGUCGCCCGUGUUAUGAGUAUAAGAGAAGAGAAGGCUCCCAACUGUGCCCUUAGUGCAAGACCAGAUACAAACAUCUCAAAGAUACUACUAACAAAACUCAUCAGUCAUACUGUUGUUGCUGUUGUUGAAUUUCACUAGAGCCUAAGGCUGAAGAGGUUAAGAAGGAACUCACAGGUAGACAUGUACAAUGGGGUUUUGACAUCUCUAUCUUUUGGGUGCUAUUUGCUAGUGAAGACCCAUAAGGAUAUUUUUGGCGUGGAAUUGUAGAUAUUCCUUUUUUCUCUACGGAGGACAUGGUUUUUGUACUACUUUUUAUUCUGUAUGAAUUUAUUAUUUUUAGUUGGAAUAUACUUGGUUUGUAUAAAAUUUGACAUUAAAAGUUAUUCUCUUUUUUGGAUGGUUACAAGUGAAA